CCCGCCGCCGCCGCCCGGCGUAAUACAAAACGCGGUGGUGCACGCGCCGCCCGGGCAGAAACGGCGAAAACGGGCGCGCGCUUACGGUGUGCAAAUAUAGAGGUAGUAUACGCGGGCGGUACAGGGCGGGGUUUGGACUGCCGUGGAAAGUUGCGCGCGCGCGCUCGCCCGCUCGCUUGACGGCAGGGCGAAAGCUAGCGGUACGCACCAUCAGCACCACCGACAACGACGGCAGCAGCGGCAGGACCAGCGUUGGGAGCAGCCAGCCGGCGGUUGGAACGGCAGUGUUGUGGUAGUGGCGACUUGGACGCGUGUGUGUGUGUGUGUGUGUGUGUGUGUGUGUGUAUGUGUGUGUGAGUGUGUGUGUCAGAGAGAGCGAGAGAGAUAAAAAGCUCGCGCGUGCGUGCGCGUGUGUGUUGGUGUGAGUGUGUGUGUGUGUGUGUGUGUGUGUGUGUGUGUGUGGCGGCGAGCGCCAAAGACGUUCCACCGAGUACAUAGGGACAGGUUUUCGUACACAGUCGCACCGCGGUUACCGCUGUCGCAAUACCGUCACGAAAACAGCUCAUCGAUAUAAUAUUAUUAUUGUUACAUGGUCAUCGAAUAAAAUAUUCUAUCGUUUCCGUGGCCAAGACGUCGUCGUCCGCCGUCUGCCGUCGUAUCACACGAGCUGUCUUCACCUCGGAAACCGGCGCCCAUCCGUUGACCGGUCGCGGACGCUCGCCGCCGCCGCUCUCUGCAGGGCCGCUGCGAGGUUUUGGCGUCCCCAUUUUUUUCCGGCACGUGCCACACCGAUCGCAGACGGCACUGUUCCGGUCCACCGCCGCCGCCGUUAAAAUGGACGCGACGGUCGGCCACCGUCCCGCGGACACCCAUCGGCGCCAAAACACCGGCGACGGACUCGGCGACCAGCAGCUGGUAUACGGCCGUCAGCGACGACAGGACAACGGUCGUCAGAAGGAACCACUGAUCAUUGUUGGCCACAACACGUCCUGUUGUUGAUAGGAGACGGGACGUCGACGACGAGGACGGGUCGUGCGCGCCACCGCAACCGCCGCCGCUGAAUGGGACAUGGGAAUACUCCCGUAUCUGCUCAUCGUCUACCUGAUCAUUGCAGAAACGCUAUGCGGACCUCACGAGAAGCGAUUGCUCAACGAUUUAUUAGACCCUUACAACACACUAGAGAGGCCAGUAGCUAAUGAAUCGGAGCCACUACAACUUAGUUUCGGCCUUAUGCUCAUGCAAAUCAUAGAUGUGGAUGAAAAAAAUCAGCUGUUGAUUACCAACAUGUGGUUAAAAUUGGAGUGGAAUGACGUCAACCUCAGGUGGAACCACAGCGACUAUGGUGGUGUGAAGGAUUUGAGAAUACCACCGCAUAAGAUAUGGAAACCAGAUAUGCUCAUGUAUAAUAGCGCUGAUGAAGGCUUCGACGGCACGUACGCAACCAACGUGGUGGUCAACAGCAAUGGUAGCUGUGUGUUCAUUCCACCGGGGAUAUUCAAGAGCACGUGCAAGAUCGACAUCACGUGGUUCCCCUUCGACGAUCAAAAAUGUGAUAUGAAAUUUGGCAGCUGGACAUACGACGGAUUUCAGUUGGAUCUACAACUCCAAGAUGAUCACGGAGGAGACAUCAGUGGUUUUAUUACUAACGGUGAAUGGGACCUGCUUGGCGUUCCCGGAAAGCGCAAUGUGAUCUACUACAGUUGCUGCCCCGAACCGUACAUAGACAUAACGUUUUCCAUCCUAAUUAGAAGGCGCACCUUGUAUUACUUUUUCAACCUGAUAGUCCCGUGCGUGUUGAUUGCGUCUAUGGCCGUACUAGGAUUUACUCUACCGCCGGACUGUGGCGAAAAGCUAUCUCUAGACAUGAAAGCCGCGAGGAGCUUGAAAAACUACUCGUGUUGUCCGAAUCCGUACGUGGAUAUCACUUUUACCAUAUUCGUUCGGCGCAGAACAGUUUAUUACAUCGUCAACCUGAUAUUGCCAAGCGUUACGCUGGCCGCUAUGGCCAUGCUCGGGUUCACGCUGCCCUCAGACUGUGGGGAGAAAAUGACCUUAGGAGUGACAAUCCUCCUAUCACUGUCCGUAUUCUCACUCAUGAUAGCCGAUGCCUUACCACAAACAUCUGAAGCUAUCCCCUUACUAGGUACAUAUUUCAACUGUAUCAUGUUCAUGGUUGCAUCGUCAGUCGUGUCCACAAUCAUGAUUCUGAAUUAUCAUCACCGUAAUGCGGACACUCACGUCAUGUCCAAAUGGGUGAAACUCAUGUUCCUGGUGUGGAUGCCGUGCUUGUUGUGCAUGAGCCGACCUGCCCGCGACGAGCCACCCGCCAACGGGAGCAAGUCAUCCGACUCCAAGAACAAGUCGGCGGCGUCAUCCAUCCACCAUCUGCCCGACCUGGAGUUCCGGGCCAAGUCGUCCAGGAGCCUGCUGGCCAAUGUGCUCGACCUGGACGACGACCUGCGCUCGUCAACUCGGAGCUACCCGGGCGCCCGGAGCCAAGUGGCGCCGAUGCCCGAACACGUGAUGGUCGAACAGCAGCAGCAACAGCACGCGAUGUUGACCGGCGGUGGCGGAGCGGCGUCGGCGGUGGCCGCGGCCUCGUGUCUGGGGCCGCACCGCGAGCUGUCGCUCAUCCUCAAGGAGCUCCGGGUGAUCACGGACAAGCUGCGCAAGGACGAGGAGGACGAGGAGACCACCAACGACUGGAAGUUCGCGGCCAUGGUGGUCGACCGCAUGUGCCUGUACAUAUUCACCUUCUUCACGGUGGCCGCCACCAUAGCGGUACUCAUGUCCGCGCCGCAUGUCAUCGUCACGUGAUCGCGCCACCGACGUCAUUGCGUCCGGUUCCGGCUUCUAUAUAUAUAAAUAUAAUAUAAUAUAUAUAUAUAUAUAUAUUAUAUAGGUAUAUAGAUUUUGUUUUAUAUUACUAUACAAAAUGGUUGCGGCGGAGCAACCAUAUUAUAUUAUAUUAUAAUGACCACAUAUGAUGUCACAUCUGCAUAGAAUGCGGAAAAGUGUCAUGUAGAAAUCGGUGUGGUACCGUUUUAAGUAUAUAUUAUACGCAUACGAGAUAACUAUAAUAUUACUAAAAAUUAUUAAAUUAUUAUUAUUAUUAUUAUUAUUAUUAUUAUUAUUAAAUACUCCUCCUAAUAUCUAAAAUUAUUAUAAUUAUUAUAAUUUUUUUCUUGAAACUACUUCUUCUCUAAUGAUGGUUAACUAAAGUAUAUAUAUCUAUAAAUAUAUAUUUGGUUUAUUAUAUGUAAUAAUAAUAAUGAUAUAUAUUACUCUGGCCCUGCUCCUUGAAACGAAUUAAUGAACGCACAUUAUUAACGUUUAAACUUGUUCCAUGAAAUAUUAAACCGAACACGUCAAACAUAAUAUUAUUUACAUCAAUAAUAUUGAAAUAAUAUAUCCAAGCGAAUAAUAUUUUAUACGAGGAAUUAAAAUAGGCAUAUUUAUAUUAUAAUAUAACCAAUUAUUGAAUUUACUACAAAGUUGGUCCCUAUACCUACGUAUUCAGUGUACGAUAUUGCCAUAUUUUUAACAUAUAUUAUAUAUUUGUUAAUUUUUUGAAUAUUUUCAUAACACAGAGAGUGUUAUAGUUGAAUUUGACGUAGAUAAACUGCCAUGAGAAUAGAUUAUUAAAUUCGUUUAUUCAUUUUUUUCGUCUUAUUUAAGGAAUAAGGGCUCUCAUAAAAAAAUGUAUUCACACCUAAUUGACAUCUGAAAUCUCAUAAUAAUAUUAUACAAAUUAUAGAAUCGAUAAAUUUUUCAUUGUCACAGCGUUGCAAAAUCCACAACAUGUCGUGACACUAACCUAAACUUUAAAAUCAAUAGUUAUUAUUAUAACGAUAUAUUAUUAUUUAUUAUAUUACCUAUAUAACUGAACAUCGAGAUACAACAUGAACGUUUCUAUUACUAAUUUCCCAAAUAUACAUAGGUUUAACUAAAAUUAAUAUUUAUAGCUUACUAUAAUAAUGUAUUGUAUUUUCAUAUAAAUGCAAUUAUUUCAAAUUAUAUAACUUCUAUUGCAUAAUACAUUAAUACCUAUUGAUAAUAUUUUUUUAUUAUUGAUGAUGAGUUUCUCAAUAUUAUUGAUUCAACUGUGAAUAGUUUGAAGUGCAAUUUCAUUAAUCACACCCAUGUGAACACAUUUUGUCUCGAACAGUCAGCAAUAUAUUUACUUCUUAUUAUUAUCACUAAUAUUUUUACCACAAAGAGCAAAAACAGUUUCAAAAUUCAGAGGUUCCGCAACUGCUCUGAAAAUACAAUACUAAAUAGGUAGUCUCCGAGUGACUUGAUUAUCGCCAGUCAUUGUCUUUAGAUUCCUACUUACAAAGUAAACACACUCUAUCGAUUUUGGUUUUAAUAAUUAAAAAUUUUAAUUUAUUUUAAACAUCAGGGGUGUCACAAAUUGUUUACAUAAUGCCUGUUGCUAAUUGAUUUAUUUUUAACGGUGAUAAGAAUUAUUAAUAACUGUUUAUUAAAAAAGUAUUUCAGUAAUAUAGAAAAUGCAAUAAAUUAUAAGUCUGAUAUAAUGAAAAAUCAUACCAUUAUAGCAUUUUCGACGAAUUUAAAAGUCAACUUUUUUCCGUAAUAGGAAAUGGAUUUUCCGUCAGACAAACACGAUCCAAAUGUCAAACUGUGGUUCAACUUCGGUUCUUAAUAUGUAACUUAAAAUAACGCGCUAAUAGAACGUAUGGGUAGCUAUAAUUAAUAUUAGUAAAAUUAUUAGAUCGUUAAUAUUUUACUGGAAUACAUACGUCAAUAACUUAAUUUAUUCCAUUAUCUAUCUCUAUAAUAAUUACUAAAAGUAUAAAGUUAUUUGUCAUGACACCCAAUUUUUGUGUCCUCUUGCUCAAAUUAAAAUAUUUAUAGACUUGAUAUUAUCAUAUUAUUAGUUUAGCUAAAACAAUUUGCUUUUUAUAAUAAUCAUCUGUGAAGUAAGAAAUAAAUUUAUAUUAAUCAGACACUCCUAAAUAUCUAAUACGUAACUAAGUAAAUAGAUUAUUAUGCGAUCAGAUUAUGCAAAUAAUCGUAUUUAAAAUUUGUACAAAAUCGAUCACAUACAUUGUUUAUGUAUUUGUUAGACAUGUACCUAUUAGAUUAAUUAACUGUUUUAUUUAACGUGCACGUUUUGCUGUGACAAUCUUAAAAUUAUAUCAUCAUAAAGCCCAAAGGUAAAUAUUACAAUAGUAAUACUAAUAAUUAUUAAAAUUAUUAUCAAUAUCAUUAUUAUUAUUAUUAUUAUUAUUAUUAUUAUUAUUAUUAUUAUUAUUAUUAUACAUUUAACUAGGUAUUAAAAAUGUCUAAUGCAUUAAAUGACAAAAUCUUGAGUCGUCUUCCGGUUCAAAUAAAUGUCAUAUAACAAAAACAAAAAAUAAUUGAAAAAUAUAUAGGUUAUAAAAUACUUAAAUUUCAUUUGAUAAAAUACCUAUAUAUAAAUUAUUAUAUACCACAUAUACAAUUUAGUAGAAAUAUCAUAGAAUAGCGAUUUGGAAUUAAUUAAUUUUCUUCGAUGAUGUUUCAUGAUUGAUCGUUAACAAACAAAGUGUUAAAUAAUAAAUUCAGCUCAAUUAAUUGCUUUAAUAAAUAAAAUAAAAUAAAAAUUAUUGUAAAUUAAAAAUACAUAAACUACGUUUGUUUAGAGCUAUACAUUGUUUACGUAAUAUAAACAAAACUAUUUUAUAAAAAUGGAAAUCAUUUUAAAAUUAAAUGUAAAAAUGAUUAUAAAAAAGUUUUAUAUUAAAAAAAAAAUAAAAUAAAAAACAUGUAAAUACCUACUUUGUUAUUUGUACGUUGUUAUUGAAUCUUGUUAACAUAAUUAUAAUUGAUUUUAUAUUACUGUAGCCCUUAGAAAUAAUAAAAUAUUAAUGUAUAGGUUUUGAGCAUUUUGUUAUGUUUUAAGACGUGAUUGAAUAUAAAACAACUAUAAGAGACUUAAACUAUGUGUAACAUGAAUUUGACAACCUUAUAUGCUUGAACAUAUGUGUAAAAAAACACAGUAAUCCAUAUUAUACAUCUUAUUGUAAGGACAUUCUACUAUAACGACAUUAUUAUAUCAAAUUGUUCUAAGACGUUAUUUUAUAUAUAGUUACUCUUGUCAGUAUUAUUUUUAUUAUUAUUAUUACUUUUAUCAUCAUUAGUUUAAAUAGACGAAUAGUAAGAUAAGUAAAUAAAUUAAUCGAAUAUUUAGGUAAAAGAAAAGUAACACGUCUUCAUUUAUAUACCUAACAAUUGUUCGUCAGAUUUCAUCUAUUAUCUGAAUGUUUAAUUUUUAUUAUUUUUUAAUAAUUUUAUUUUACUAAUAUUGUUGUUUUUAUUAUUUAUUUGUUUAUGUUUAGAUACAGCUGAACGCUCUGUUGUAUUACUUUUCCAGUCUUUAAUCUAAAAUUAUAAUUACGAAAAAUUACAAAAAAAAA